GGAAGGUGACGUAAGCACGUCUGCAGCCUAGCAGCAGAAAAGACGGCGUAAACAAAGCGGCAGCUACAAGACGUUAGCUAAUGUUUUCGCGAGUAAAACACUUUAUUCUACCUGCAUUCGGUUGCAUGUGAAACCCUGUUUUAUUUUAUUAGUGAGCACAACUUUCAUUCGUAUGGUAACAUACGAACGCAUGUGCUGAGAUUGAAAUUAAACGAGUUACCAAGAUACCGUUAUCGCUAACGUCAGCUAGCUACAUUAGCUCGCUAUGUAGCCAGUUUAUGUUAGGAAUCGAUCAGCUGUCUAACCAGGUUGGAUAGUGGUGUGGCGCCCAGGAAUCAAUGACCACUUGAUUCCAGUCAUCUGGACUUGGCCUGCGAUGUUCAGCCUGAUGGCGAAUUGCUGUAACUGGCUGAAACGUUGGCGAGAGCCUGCAAGGAAAGUGACUCUGGUUAUGGUGGGACUGGAUAAUGCAGGGAAGACCGCAACAGUACGAGGAAUCCAAGGAGAGAAUCCCGAGGAUGUGGCUCCUACUGUGGGCUUUUCCAAGGUUGACCUCAAGCAGGGAAAGUUCGAUGUGACCAUCUUUGACCUGGGUGGCGGGAAGAGAAUCCGGGGCAUCUGGAAGAACUACUAUUCCGAGUCGCACGGCGUGGUGUUUGUGGUGGACUCCAGCGACGUCCAGAGGAUCCAGGAGACACGGGAGACCAUGGCCGAGGUUCUCCAGCACCCGCGCAUCGCAGGGAAACCUGUGCUAGUGCUUGCCAACAAACAAGACCAAGAGGGAGCGCUGGCUGAAGCAGACAUCAUUGAGAACCUGUCGUUGGAGAAGCUUGUUAAUGAGAACAAGUGUCUCUGUCAGAUCGAGCCAUGCUCAGCUGUUCUAGGCUAUGGUAAAAAGUUUGACAAGUCCAUCAAGAAGGGCAUGAAGUGGCUCCUCAACAACAUUGCCAAAGACUACGAGGCCAUUACUGAGCGCGUGCAAAAGGACACAGCCGAGCAGCGCGCACAGGAGGAACAGGACAAGAAGGAGAGGGCGGAAAGAGUGCGGCGGAUACGGGCAGAAAGAGAACGGCAGGAACAGGAAGAGGCUGAACGUGAGGGCAGGCAGAUCCAGGAGGAGGAGCUUGAUGAUGAAAACAUUCCCAGCCCCUUCCAACCAAUCAGCAACGUGAUUACAGAGAACGAGGAUAAAGAAAAGGAGAGGAAGAGGCAAAAAGAGGCAAGGACCAACAGCCCGAAGACAGAGGCAGAUCAAGAGGAAGAGGAAUAUGAGGACGACGACGACCAAGAGCCAGACAACACAAGACAAACGCCGGAAAAUCCCAGUUCAGCCACAACAGGCGAGCAAGACAAAAAGAAGACGCGGAAGCUGCACCUGAAGAGGAAGCACAGGGUGGACCCGCUGAGGACGGAGGACGGGCCAGCAGAGAGCCCCACCCCUCCACCUCCUCCAGUGGGAUGGGCCACACCCAAAGUUUCUAGGCUGCCAAAGCUAGAACCACUCGGGGACUCGAGACAUUCUGAAUUUUACAAGAAGCCUCUCCCGCCUCUUGCGAACAAGCCGCGGCCUAACAGUGACACUCAAGACGUCAUUGUUUGACCUCCUUUACUGAUUCAGGUCCUCCAAUCAUUGCUUUUUGUCUCAAGCGAGCAGUGUAGAGACAACCAAACACAAGAGACACUGCAGACAGGCGACUCCUGACGUGGGAGCCAGCGGAGAAGCUAAAGCGCGACAGACUUGAAACACGGGAGCACCAUGGGAAAUAAAGUCCUGCUCAGAAACUCUUAUGUGGUUCCACAAAAUGACCCAUUUUCCGUCAGAGACAAUGAACCUGCCUGAGGUGAUUUUUAUUCCAAGUUCUGUCUCACCUCAACAAAAGCACAUUUGGUGCUGAAAGUUUUCCGCUACUGUAGACUGAAACUUCAUUGGUUUUAUUGUGAAUAUCAGUGUUAGACGGUUUGGACUCCAUUUGUCCAACUGAAAUGCUUUCAAUUGACAAAGAAUGUACAUCUGUCCGCUAUAACCUUAUAUAUGUUUAUGUCUGUUACUGAAUAAUGGAUUUGUAUACACGCCGCCAUUUAAAAAUGACCAUAUUAUAUUCAUUAAUUUCACACGUUUUGGUUUUGCAGUGUAAACAAAGGUUUUAUGAUCUCAUGGGGGUCUUAAGUGGCUUUUCACAGCUGAGUGCUUUAAAUGUGAUCUUUUUAAAGUUGGAACACCUAAAUGAGGUGAACUGUUGAAAUGGUUUGCUACACUACACUGUACUGUACAUGGAAAAGUGUUACACUACACAAUUGUUGUUAAUUGGUCAGUUUUAGUACUGAAUGUCUUUUUGAAACGGCCAUGAAAAGAUGAGUUAAAUCUGUAAGAGGGAAUAUUGUCAGUCCCUUGCUAGCAGCAUCAGAAAGGUCUUUUUAUUCAUUGUUAAUAUAAAAAUAUAUUUGUCUUUGUCUACAGGGCUACAGAUUUCUUUUUUUACGCAUUCUGCUGUUUACACUGUUUUUAAAGUGAUAUUUCUCUCAUGGCGGGAAUCAGUCUCAGACUUGCAGCCUCUUGGGUGGCCCUGGGGUGUGUGAGCCAGUGCUGCUGUUGUUCCAGCUUUUCUUACUCCAUCUCCUGCACCCAUUUUCACUUUGAAAAGAGCUAAAAUUGC